AUGACUUCAACAAGCCCAGAAAAGUCUCAGCUCAUUCAAGCAUACAUGAUCCUGCACUCUCAGCAGACCAAUGUUCGUCGACGUCUAUCAGUCGACUCGGACUGCUCAAGUUCGUCAGGCAGCCCCAGCUCGAGCACUUCGUCCUCAGCAAACACAUCUCCCAUGUCUUCGUUCAGCGCACCUUCGCCCGAAUUCUCAUUCUCAUUCUCAUCAAAGUCUUCUCCUUCGGCUGGCUUAAGAAGACAUUCACGAUCAUCUUCAAUGGGCUCUCGUCGAGGUUCCCUGUCACCACCUACCUCGCCCAACAGGACAAGCAUCACAUCUAUUCCAGAGGAGCCUUCAGCACCAGCACCGUUAAGCGUUGACGAGGCAAAGCUUGCCGACAUUUCAUCUCGAAUCAAGACUACCCUUACCGACCUCUUGAAUUGCGACGCUGUCAAGACCGAUCCCAGGAUGAGAUCAUGGGUUGCGACACGAUUGAUGGAUGUCGAGCAUGAGCUCAAAGAGCAGAAGCGACGACGACACAGCUCGUGCGCCGGAGAUGCAGACAUGAUUGCAUCACACCUUUGUGUGUAG